CGAAAUACGAAAAGAAGAAAGUGUCAUGUUAACCCUCUUGUUUCUUGUUUUGUUUCUGUUGUCAUUUUAUGGGAAAUGUUUUAGUGAUCUUAUUUAAUUUUUACCUUUUUAAUAAGUUUAAUAAUGUCCGCUUAUAUUAUGGGCGUUACAUCCAAUGGUGGAAUACCAGUAUUCUCCAGGAAAAAAGGAAAUUGUGAUAAUCUUUCCUUUUCUACUCUUGGCUCUUUAAACGGAGUACACAUGUUCGGUAAACCAUCAAAUAUCGAACUUCUUGACACUGUAUCCGAUGACCAUGCAGUAGCUUGGAAAGAAUUUUGUGAAAGUUUGGUGAUAAUCGGAGUGGCCAGUGGCUGUUCUGUUGAUGUAUUAAAUAGACUCCUCCAGUUGGUUUAUGAUGCUGUAGUUUUAAUAGUUGGUAUUAAUGAAGUUAAAACUCAAAGGAAUAUUGAAAGACUUAAACGAGAAUUAAGAAUUUGUUUUCCGGUCAUUGAUAGACUACUUGACUCGUUAGAUUGUGGUGACUCUAGCAAUAAACAUUCCUCAGAUAUUGUAGGAUAUGCAGAAACAGUUUUAUGUCCAGAAAAUCAUCUUAUUCAAAUCGUUUUAGACUCGUUUACUGAAUGUGUUGAUUCAAUGUUUAGUUGCAUUCUUGUUAAUGGCAAGAUUGCAGUUGCCACAGAGAAUUGGUGGUCGUUGCAUAUCCAUGAAAUAAGACUAUUAUUGUUACUUGCUGUAACUGAAAAUAAGGAUAUUUCUAAAGAUAUUCCUGUUUUUUUGCCUUACAAAAGCCCAACUGUGGCAUUCAGAUUUGUAGCUUGCAGUUUAAUAUCUGAUGUGCAAGUGUGUUGUUUAUGCGGUUCAACACCUGCUCUAGUUAAUAUUGAACAAGCUGCAGCGCAGUGUUUUAAAAACUCUACAGAUAUUCUAAAAUCUGCUUCACAAUGUGUCCCAAGAAAUUUUCCAAAUACUAUGGUAGUUGAUAGUGGAAUUUUGGGUUUGCUGCUUGUAAAUAUUAAAAGGAAAAAAUACAUGAUGUCGAAAAACCCUCAACAAAAUUCAGGUAGAAAAAUGAGCAGUAGUUCUCACAGGUUGGAUAUAUUAAGAACCUUCUUUUAUCAAGCCAUCAUGAACACGCUAAUUCCAAAUUCGAAAACUUGGCAAGAAAAUAAUGUUUCGGAAGAUUUGAAAACAGACAAAUUGGCAUUGGAUGAAAGUACUGAAGGGAUGGAAAGCUACUGGUGUUCAGAGUAUCACAAAUGUCAUGGUAUUAAAGUCUGUGAUAAUAUAUUGUGUGUCUUAUAUAGCUCAGCUACCCCUACUUAUGCUAUGAGACUGAUAAGUAAACAAACUUUAAAUCUACUAAUAUCAGAUAAGCAAGUAUGUUGGUAAGAUUUUUAUGAUUAAAAAAAAGGCUUCAGAGACCACUGGGGAACAACGAUCGAUAAUUUUAACAAGGUCCAUCUAUAGAUGCUAUUUACAAAAAUUCACAUCAAACUUGUUAAACAUUUGUACUAAUCAUAGAAAGGUUAGAAAGGAAUAGAACGUUUCCAGAUGCACAAAUCUAUUUCCAAAAAUAUAUUUUUUCUAUGAUUUUUAGCUAGGUACACUUGAGGGUACACUCUUUAAAAAUAAUUUUUAGUCAAUAUAAAAAUAAAGUACAACCUUCUUAAGGCCAACUGGCAGUAAGCCAGUAAAAACUAAUGAAGAGUACAGGUCAAGUAAGUGACAUCUAGGGCUUGACCUCCCCAAAACUAACAUCGAUUGUCAUUUCCUAGCCGUCUUUGACGCCGGUUUUUUUUUUGUUUGGUAUAUUCAAUGGCAUAUCUUUAUAAGUUUUCUAAACAUAUUCCGUCCAUUUUUGAUAUUCUGCUGUAAUGUAAUUUUUAUAUUUUUAUACAUCUUAUUUUAUGUGAACCAUUUACACAAAUAAUUAAUAUAACUUUAUAAGAAUGGAUAUUUCCAUUUUGUGAUAAAAUCUUCCUCUGACUGAACUAUUAACUCUUUAUAUCUCAAGUAGAUAACACAAUAUAUUAGAUAUCUAAAAUGCUUUCUAAAAGCUAUUAGGUUUUGCAGGUUUGUAUCUCAUUUUCUAAGUGUUCCUUUUAUACUAUACAGGGUUGUUCACCACAUACGAUACGGAGUAUUGUAGCUAAACGAUUAGAUUUUUACACAUGUAAGAUUUGUGUUCG